AUGUUCGGGUCGGGCCUAUUACCGGACGGCCCGAAGCCCGUGAGCCGGUCUUGGAAAAACGCGCAGUGGGCCACGCCGACGGUGUGGGCCCCGAGGAGGGCCACCGUGUCGUUGGCGGUGAGGCCCUUGGCCCGGAAGAGCCCGAGCACGGCCCGAAUGGGGUCGGACGGGCCCGGGAGGCUCGCGGCCUCGUUUGGGUCGGAGACGAGCCCGUCUCGACGGCCCGUGGGGACGUCGUAUCUGGGCCCGCCGGCGAGGGUGACGGAGUCCCGGGUGGCUAGGGUGAUGAUGUCGGCGCACGAGACGGUCGAGGGGCACGCGGCUUCGAGGGCUUUCUUGGCGGAGUCGAUUAGCCGCGGACGGUCUCGUUGGGGCCCGCGUCCUUUUCCGAUGGUGAGGUGGCGGUGGGGUCGAUCAGGAUUGACGCGUCGCAGCCCUAUUAGAUAG